UAUUCAUUACAAAGAGAGGGUUACAAUAACGUAACAUUGUUAUAUGUUUGGAAACAGGUUUUGCUAGUGCCAAAAUUAGGAUCUAAGAAGGCAUCAAAUCGACUUCUAGGACAAGUAUUAACGGAAAGUGGAAUUCGCAUUAACAACACGGUCACAGUUAGCCCUUACGGUGGGGCCAACUUUUCAUCAAUAAACGAAGCGGUUGCAUUCGCGCCUAAUAACUCGGUAGUUGACGAUGGCUACUUCGUCAUUUACGCUAAACAAGGUUACUACCAAGAAUACAUUGUCGUGCCCAAAAACAAGAAAAAUAUUAUGUUAAUCGGAGAUGGGAUCAACGCUACUGUCGUUACGGGAAACCGUAACGUUAUCGAUGGCUACACUACCUUCAACUCCGCUACUUUCGCCGUUUACGGCGAACGCUUCGUUGCGAUCGACAUAACAUUCCAAAACACGGCGGGCCCACAUAAGCACCAAGCGGUGGCCGUGAGGAACACCGCGGACCUCUCCAUAUUCUACCGCUGCUCCUUCGAGGGCUACUGUUGAGUCUACCAAGACACACUCUACGCCCACUCGCUCCGACAAUUCUACCAAGACUGCAACGUCUACGGCACGGUAGACUUCAUAUUUGGCAACGCGGCCGCCGUAUUCCAAAGCUGCAACCUCUUCGCCCGAAACCCAAAAAAUCGCGUUACCGCACAAGGCCGAACGGAUCCGAAUCAAAAUACCGGGAUAUCCAUCCACAACUGCAGUAUCCUCCAAGCUAGUAGUACGUCGUCACCGGAUUAUUAUAAUUCGAAUUAUUAUAUUAGUUAUAAUUAUCUCGGUAGGCCUUGGAAGGAGUACUCGAGAACGGCGUACAUGCCAUCGUAUAUAGGGGAUUUGAUCGACCCGAUCGGAUGGUUGGAGUGGAACGGGACUUACGGAAAAGAUACGCUUUAUUACGGGGAGUAUGGGAAUUAUGGUCCGGGUGCCGGGACGAGUAUGAGGGUGACGUGGCAUGGUUACAAUGUGAUGAAUGCUUCUCAAGCUUUGAACUUCAGUGUUUAUAAUUUCACCAUGGGAGAUGCUUGGUUGCCUUUUACUAGUAUACCUUUCUCUGCUGGAUUGUUAUAG